CAUUCGCCUCCACCGGCCACAGCCGGUUACCUAAUUACACCUCUCUGCUCUCUGGCUUUUCUCCUGGCGGCGACAGCUGGCCGAGCGGUGCCGCCCUCUUCGCCGGGCCCUUCGCCGGCGGCGAGUAUGCACCUGGUUCCUUUUCUGUCCUUAUUAAGGGUCUGCGCAGUUGCUGUACUAUGCUAAGAGCAUUCACUAAUUUCAGCAGAUUUUUGGGUCUUUUUCCCCAGAGUUCUGAAGACAUGGCAAGGAGUCCAAGAAAGCGUAAGCUGGCAGCUCAUGAUGUUAGGUCAGCCUCUCAUGCUGUACCUAAGAACUACAAGAAAACGAAAAGAUCAGGCAGGAAAAAUGAACUGCGAUCAACGCCAGAGGAAAAGUACUGGAAAAAUGCCACAUGCUCAAUAUGCUUGGAACGUCCUCAUGAUGCUGUCCUGCUCCUUUGUUCGUCUCAUAACAAGGGUUGUCGACCAUACAUGUGUGGUACCAAUUAUAAACAUUCCAAUUGUCUUGAGCUGUUUAAAAAUGCUUAUUCAAGGGAGAAAUCAGCAUGUGAAGUGUCAACUGCAGUGGAACUAACUAACCAGAAGCCAAAGACAAUGCUGCUUGCGUGCCCUAUCUGCCGUGGGGAAGUUAAAGGGUGGACAGUGGUCAAACCUGCGCGGCGAUUUCUGAACCGCAAAAGGAGAGCUUGUAUGCAUGAGGAUUGCUCAUUUGUCGGGACGUAUAAGAGACUCAAAAAACAUGUGAAGUCCAAGCAUCGUUCAUCAAAGCCUCGUGAAGUUGACCCUGCACGCUUGGCUGAAUGGGAGGAGUUUGAAAAUGAAAAGGAGAGGCAAGAUGCGAUUAGCAUUGUCAGUGCUUUGAAUCCAGGAUCCGUUAUCAUGGGGGACUACAUCAUUGAUCCAGAUAGUGAUAUCAGCGAUCCUUACAGUGACAACUCUCUAGAUGAUUUCGGUGACUCCACAUCCUCAGAUAGUGAUGACCAAGGUUUUUAUGAUAGUGAUCCUGUACGCAGAGACAGAGCUUAUAGGAGAAAUGGGGAAAGACCAAGUCGCAGUCUCACAUAUGUUGGGGGACUGCCUCCUCGGAGGCCACUGCGGGUUGGUUUUGUCCACAGAUCUUUGAGUCAGCGACGCAACAGUUAAUAUCAGGAUAUUGGAUCAAUUCAUGGAGCUGAUGAUAUAGAUUUGUUCUAGUUUGUUAUUCUGCAGAUCUGUGAAACAUGGGUUGAGUUCUUUUGUUGGUUUUUUGGACCAUGUUCCUUUCUUUGAUGUGCCCUUGCAUAUUUAGGAUGAAGGGAGCACAGGGUGUGUGAUGGAUCAUUUGGUUGGCAUUCUCCUUUCCAUAAAGUAAAAUUAGGUAUAGGUUAUGUUUAUGGAAGAAGUCUGGUCAAGUCGGCGUCAUUUUGCUAGAGAAUUGAACAAAACCACUCUGUAAAUAUCAGUCUCAUUUAUCUUUAAACGGUCACUAUAUAUGUUUUUACAA